AUGGUAUCUCAACAAGCAGUUACAAAGGUCGAGGGUUUGAUUAAAAGCAAGCCAAUUUUUAUUGCUUCGAAGUCAUAUUGCCCAUUUUGCGAAAAAACAAAGAAGACAAUCGGAGCCAUAACUAAAGAUGCUUAUAUUUUAGAGUUAGAUGAGUUAGAUGAUGGGAGUGACAUUCAAGAAGCUCUUUUAGAACUUACAGGUCAAAAGACGGUUCCAAAUGUUUUCAUCAAUGGUGAACACAUUGGUGGUAACUCUGAUGUUCAAGAAUUGAAGGCUGCUGGUAAGUUAGAUGACAAGAUCAAGGCAGCUUUGUAA